GAGGGCCGCGGGCUGGUCCGAGCUCAGCACCCCGGCAGCGCCAGGAUCGAGGAGUUCCUCGGCCAGCUGGAAGUCCUAUGGGAAGAACUGCGGAGGAGGCACCAGAGGAACGCUGUGUUUCUGCAGGCCUCAGAGGAGCUGGGUUUUAGGGUUGUGAAAGUGCUGCAGGCCCUGGGCAGCCUGGAGGCCUGGCUGGAGUCCGUCGAACUCUCCAUGAAGGAAUCUGCACUUGCCGGUGACCCUGAAACAAUGAGCGUGGCUGAGAGGGAGAGCUGUUUGCUGGAGAAAGAGGUGGCAGCGCGCAGCCUGGAGCUCGGCGCUCUGAGGCAAGAGGUGGACCUCCUUCACGGCCACAGUCACCCGCUCACACAGUGGCUGCCAGCGCGCAUGGAUGAGGUGGAAAGAAAGUACCAUCGUGUCCAGAGCGCCCUGACCCAGCAGAGCUCAGAGCUGCAGGACACACGAAUGCUGACGGAGUUCCUGGAGCGCGUGGAGCUGGAGGAGAGCCAGGACGGUUGCCGGUACAGCCUGGGCCAGCCACUCCACAGUGAGAUCUCUCAUGCUCCCUCAUUGCUGGGACUCCAGAGCAGUGGUGGUAGUGGAGGUGGUGGUGAGCCCCUGAUAGAAACCAUGGGGGACCCUGUGGAGGAACUGCGUGAGGCUGUGGAGAUGCUGAAUGACACUGUGAGGGAAAGAGGGCGAUCGCAGAGCCAUGACCAAGCUAUCCAGGACCUGCUGAGCAAGCACGCCGGGCUGGUGGUGCACGUGGAGGAGUGCCUCUGCUGCAGCAAGGAGCUCGGCCUGGACAUCCUGGAGAGGGAGACGGACUUGGCCAUCCAGUGUGAGCCAGAGCGCUGCGGCCUGGAGGCUCUGCAGGAGAGGCAGGACCACCUGGAGAUUGACUAUGAAGUCAUGAGGGAGGAGGUGAAGGAGAUGGAGAACCUGGCUUCGCGGUUGGAGGAGCUGUGUCCAGAGAGAGUGCACGUACUCGGGGCAAAGAUCCAGGCCACGCUGCAGGCCUGGGCCGAGCUGGGAAGGAGCGUUGCGGAGAACAAAUCACGGCUGCAGGAGUUUGUGCAGCUCCAGGACUUCUUCAGGAGCUACCUCGCAAUGAUCUCAUGGACGGAAGACACUAGGUCGUGCAUUUUCUCAGACACCGCCUUGCAUCCUGGGAAGGAUGGGCAGAGGCCACUGGCUGCAGAGCUGGACAUGCAGAUUGAGCUGAAGUUUGAGGAGUUUGAUGAGCUGGCGGUUGCAGGGAGGAACCUUUUAGACAAAGAACACCACCUCACACAGAUGGUGAGGGAGCGGCUGGAGGAACUGAGGAGUAUGCUCGGGUGGAUCUUGGUGCAUUGGAGGGCUCAGAAACAGCAGUGGCUUCACAAGAGGAGCAGACAGGAGCUUUCACAAGACAACAUUUAUUCUGAGGCUACAAUGUGCUCUACAUUAUCAGAGCUUCCCAAACAGAUUUCAGCUCCUGAGCUACACGCCUACGAGUCCCAUCAGUCCCUGCUCAUUAUCUCAGAAGGAGACAAGUCAAGCGUAUCAGGAGACAGCCGACCCUCGUCUCUCCCACCCAGACAAACUGAGCAACAGGAGGAGAAGCAGUUGGAGGAUGGGUAUGAGGUCAUGAACAGUAUUGGACCAAUGGGAGGUGAGGUCUCCCUCCCAGAGUCUGCCAAACCCUCUAUUGUGGUCCUCAAAGAGCCCAGCAGCCCUACUCUUGGGGGCACGGUCAACCUCAUCCUCAGCUUUGGUAACACAGGGGACAGCCAGGUUCAGGUGCUUGAGCCACCUGCUGGGACGGAGGAGGUGGUGGAGGACACGUCUGAGCCUGUGCACAGGCCCAAUGUGCCUCACUCCUCUUCCUGUAAAAACUUUUGGAGGCGCUGCCAGGGGCUUUUGGAAAAUACUUUGGGUAGCUUAAAGCGAAAGAGAAAGAUUUAUCGGCAGAGUGCAAAUGAGGUAAGUACCUACUUGCAUGUCAAGGAUAACAACUUGGCUGCGGCCCCUGUGUAUGAGAGUAUCACCCUUCCCCGUCAAAAGAGCCGCUCCGCAGCCUCAGCCUCCCCAACUUUCCUGCCAUCCUUAUCCUCCUCGCUGCCUUCCUCUGCGUCCGCACCUCAGACGACCAAUGUGACCUUCCACCCUUCGACGGGGAGCGGCAGCGGCUUCCUCUUCAGUAGCCUCAAGAGAAUGGGCAAGAAGAGAAAGCGGAAGAGAGAUGCUCGCAGACACACCAUCCAGAAAAUUAUGGGAGUGGAGGCUCAAACGGAGGAGGUGGCUCAUUACGGGUGCGAUACCAUGACAUACGACACACACACAUGGCCGCUGAAGGAAGGCAGGAGGAAGAAGAGUUCCCCAAAGAGCCCGGCCGGUGGGAAUGGAAUAGAAGCUAUAGACUACAUGAAGAAUCCCCUGUUGAAGGACAUUGAUACAGAGUGUUCAGGGGAAUACAGCAUCAUUCCAUAUGCUGUAUCAGAGGGGCCAAACCCGCCAUCCUCCACAAGUCAGGUGAGGAGCCACUGCAGAUUCCUCUCUUUGGGAUCUGUGCUGAGCUUUGACCUGCCCAAGGACAUGACUCUCAUCCCCAGCAUUCAGGACAUCAUUACAAUUGCACCCCCUGAGUCCAAAAAGGGAGCAGGGACUGAUCCGGACCCCCACUCUCAGAGACACUCAGCCCUGAGCUCCUUCAAACAGACUCGUCCCCCUGCUGCCAUCACGCACGGCUCAUCGGAGCUCAGCUUUUCUGAAACACAGACUCCGACUCCUGUUGUGAAAGUUCUGUCUGAUGCAGACAAGAGUUCCCAACCACCACCUCCUCUUUCCCUGCGAGAAGAUGAGGAUCAAACCAUUCCAUGCAAAACCCAGUUCUGUCUGCACAAGGCUGCAGAGCAGGAGCAGGACAGGGAUGGAACCAGCCAACCCUCUGAUCUCCCUAUUUAUGUGAACCAGGCCCAAAGUACAGCUGCACAUAAACACGAGUGCCUCAGUGUCCACACGCUCAUUCGAGAUCUUAAUGGACACCAGUACCACAAAUGUGCAAAACCCCAUAGUGUGCGUGACGUGAGCCCGGGGCUCCAGUGCCUGAGCCAAGCUUCUCACAUGGUGGUAAAUCUAAAGUCAACAGUGAGCGUGAGCGUUCAUCAGGACGCGGUAGAAUCUGGGAUCUCCACGCCCAGCAGCAUCAAGGUUUGCGCUGAUGCACCAUGUCCAGAUGUCCCGCAGCCUAAGGUAGUGGUGGGGAGGCUCGUGUCCCUGCAGGUGGGAGGAAUAGACUGCUCUAAAACAAGACAGAACAAUGCAAUACCCUUAGGUCCAUCUGCAGAGCAGCAAACAGAGCCUGUCCACCUGGACCACCAGCAGUUUGAGGAGGAGGAAGAGGAGCUGGAGGACAUCUGGAAUCAGACGACUAACUACAGACAGAGCAUCUGCUCAGAUAUCAUGUACCAGCCCAGUCAGGAAGACUGCGUACCCCCGGACCAACCUGAUGUUCCUCAUUCUCGCUCGCCUUCACCCAAAACCCCGGAUGUGCUCUACAGGAACUUGGUCACUGCUUCUGCGCCCAACCUCCUUGUGGCCGAGUUCAGGCUGCCGUCCCACAUUCAGAGCCUGCUGGGCUACGACAAGGAGCACAGGGCCAAAGUCCGCCUCCCUCCACUGGCUUCAGGAGACAGGAGGUCCUGGGCAGCAUUUCCCAACAGGGAACCAGCCAGCAAGACCAAGUCAGUGACACUGAACGAGACGGCGUCCGAUCCAAUGAAGCUGCCAGACGUGGGUGACAAUCAGAGAUACAUUUAUCAAUACAGAGAGGAUGAGGAGGAGAAGGAGGAAGAGAAGGUGGAGGAGGCAAAGGUGAGGGAAGAGGCGGAUGAGCACAUAGGUGGUUCGAAGAACCAGUCAAUGAGUCUGCUGUCGGUUCACAUGGAUUUAGACAGAGCCUGUCAGCAAAGAUCCUCUCUAAGCCUAGAGGACAUGGAGAAGAAGGAAGAACUGAUGGCCACAGGAGGGCGCUGUUUCACCCUGAGCGGAAAGCCCGACCUGCAGUCGAUGGAGGGAACGCUGGAGAGGAAGCACAAGCUGCAGCUGGGAGGAAAGAAAGCGGCCUCCAGAGGUUGGAGCUCCUACCACGCUGUCUUACAUCGACACACCUUGUGUUUCUACCAGGAGAGAAAGGAUACACUGAGGAGUUCUGCAUGCGGCCUCCCGCUGAACCUCCUGGGAGCUGAGUGUUCACCUGCGCCAGAGUACACCAAGAAACCCAACUGCUUCAGACUACAGCUCCGCGACGGGUCUGAAUAUCUGCUCAAUGCCCCCUCACGCUUCAUGAUGAAGAAGUGGAUGAUGAAAAUACAGGCGAACACUGGUCAGAGUGAGUCUGUGUCUGCAAUGUCAAGUGUCCCUGUCAAUCAAGGCCUCCCCAUUUCCUUAAAUCCCUCGCCUUGCUCCGGCUGUCGCGGUCUAGCCAAAUGCCACUGCUCCUCCCGCCAUGAUGUCACCUCCACGUUUCCCAGGCGCAAGCCACCGGGCACCGCCCAAACCAAAGAGAUCGUUGUCCUCACCAGAGAGUUCAGUCAAAUGCCACACAGUCACUUAAGGAGUUUGGACGAGCACUCGACUAUCUCACCAUCACACGGAGGCUGCUGUGAUGAUGAUGAAGACAGAGCGAAGCAGACGAUGACUCACAGACAGUCUACAACAUCCAGCAGCAUCACCUCCUCCUCCCCUCACUCCCCCGUGUUCAGCGGCCAGGACUGGCUCAGCAACAAGCGCCGCUCCCACUCCUUCACCUCAGCAACCUACCAGAGGAUCAGGCCCCUGCUGCACCCAGCUGGAGGCCUGGAGAGGGGGUCCAACUACUGUGUGACCCUGGUGGUUGGAGAUAAGUCGUCAGACGGCACGUCCAUGUGUAGGAGCUCUGAGCCUUCGGUGCUGGCCGCGGCUGAGUGGCAGCAGGACGCAUGUCAGGACUCUGCUCUGAGGAGCUACGCCAGCCUGCCACGGCCACGCAACAAAUCCGUCUUCAAGAAGUUCUUUGGGAAAAGGGACCUUUGAGAUUUUCUUUUAAAUGAUGAUUUUGCUUAUAAAAAUACAAUCUAAUGUGCAGUGCACAUACUGAAUUAUGCAAAGAAGACGCUACUACUGACUGUAUUUAUGAUUGGAGCUAUACCAUGCUUUUAUUUUUGAUGUGUUAGAUCACUAAUGGAUUGACACGUCCCUUUAAUAGGUUCUUUUUACGAGUAUUUAUAUGGCUCUUCUUUAAUUUUCUUCUGCAGUUGAAAGUAACAGUAUUGAGUGAUUGUGGCACGUGUAGAUAUAGAUUAGUUAACAGAAACAGACAUUUCCCCACCAGUCUUAAUAUUUAGAUUUUUUUGUGGAUUGUGGUGUUAUUGGUAAACCUCCUUACUCAGCAGAGAAUCAGUUUAGAAAGCAGGGCUUAGAUAUAUAUAGAUAUAUGUAUAUAUCUAUAUAUAUAUACUGUAUAUACCAGAUCAUGACAGACCCUCACCCCCUCAUGUGUACUUGUGUGUUACACCAAAACAUGUUCUUCCAAUUUAUACAAAUAGCAGUUUGAUACUGCUUGAGCUUCUUUGACAUUAACACCUUUUAAAUACUAAUUGUAGAAAAGACUAUUCAUAAUAAAAUGUUAAAACCAA